CCUAACAUCAGUUGCAGCUUGAUAGGGCCCCACCAUUGAAUUGACCAAGAGCGACCAAAGUCACAUCCCUGCUCUCACUGACCGCUUGCGAGCUUGACCACCAUAUAUAACAGAUACUUAAAAAGGUCUAGCAAAAAUGACAGAGUUCUGGAAAUCAAAUGCCAUGUACUGGUGCGACGUUUGUAAAUGUUGGCUCAACGACACGAAAGCGGCCCGGCUCAACCACGAACGGGGAGCCGGGCAUCAGGCCAAACUGGAGAAGAAGCUGUAUGAUAUGACCAAAAAGGCGGAGCGGGAUGCACGCGCCAAGGAGGUCAACGAGAUCGCCAUGCACAAAAUCGAGGCGGCGGCGAAGAAGCAGUACGAGGAGGACAAGAAGGCGGCGGCGGCGGCAGCGGCGGCGGAGGCAGGGCAAUGGACUUGGGACAAAGGCAGCGGGUAUUACUACAACGAAACGCACAGGUGGUACUACGACCCCAAGACGCAGUGGUACUACGGCGGCGAGCCCGCACCGGCCUGGUCGCAGACGCCGCCACUGCCCGCCUCCGCCCUGUUCGGCACCGCGCCACACACCGGUGGCCCCGUGCCGCUGGGGCACGGCCCCGGCACCGCGCCCGACCCCAGCGGCAGCGGCGCCGCGGCGGCUGCGCCGCCGGGCGUGUUUGAGAAGAAGACUGUGACGCGGGCGGUGGUGGUGCCCAAGCACCCGGCCUCGGACAUUGGCGGCUACCAGGCGCCCAAGACGGGGAGAGUGGGCGGCGGCAUGGGCGCAGGCAUUGUGUUGGAAGAGCCGUCGGCAGGCGAGAAGCGCAAGCGCGAGGAGGCGGCGGCGGUGAAGGCGGCGGGCGCCAAGGCGGCGGCGGGCAAGGGCGGCAAGGCGGCGACGAUCAGCAAGGAGGAGGCGGAGGCCCUGGCGCGGCGAGAGGCGGCGCGGCAGCGGGUGGCGCAGCGGACGGCGGCGGGGUUCGGGUACUUGUAACAGAACGCGGACGAGUGAGGCCGGGUUGUUGGGGGUGGGGGCUUGACGUGGGUGUGCUGGAUUAGCGACCGCACGAGGCAGUGCCCCGCUGGGCCGCACUGGGACGGAUGCUCAGGCGUUCUGGAGGCAGUGGCAGGAUGGGGCCAGAAGGUAUCGGAGUGUAUCAGAUACUGGCGUGCUGUGUUGUCAACCGGUUGUGCCUUGACAUGGCUAGGGGGCGUGAAGCCUCCACGGAAAUUCCUGGACCGCUGCCGCCGCUGCCCUGAGGCUCCAGCCCACAUAUUAAUACGACGGCUGACACGGCUGGAAUGCAUAGUCACGAUCUUACCAGGGGCAUGCCUGCUGUCAUGCAUGUAGCACGCACUGUGUUGGUUACACACGGACCUCUCUC